AGGCGAUUGUUCCAGUUGCGGACAGCAGGGUGUAUACAGCCAAUGCGACGGAGGGAAAAAUACAUGGUGGAAUAAAUCUUACCAUUUCAAAAAUGUAAACCCACCGAUCAUAAAGGGCAGUUUCAGACCCGAUAAAAUAGACAUUGAAAUUCUUAGAGACAUUAUUGAUAUUCUAAUGUCGCGAGCUUCUUUCGAAUUGAUGAAAUCUGGGAAAUCAACAAAUUCCAACGAAGCAGCAAAUAGGGCUAUCACCGCCAGGGUCCCAAAAAAUGUAAGAUGGUCACGAAAUGGUACCAGCCGUGUUUUUGGGACAAUUCACACUUUGAACAAUGGGCCGGGAGUUUCGAUGUGCAAAAAAUUGAAUGCAAUCAAUAUUCCUAUAGCAGGAAGGAUAUCGAAUUUUUUCAAACGGAUACAGAAAAAAGCCCUAUACAAAAGUUCCUGGCAAAAAAGAGACUCUGUCAAAGCCCAACGGGUAAAACGCAGAAAAUCGCAAAUGUCAGAUUUUUAUAAUGGACGGGGAAAACGGCAACGGUCAGACUAUAAAAAAUACAAUGUACCUACAUUAAAAAGGAACAAUGAUCAUACAUAUCAACAAGUAGAAAUAAAGCAAAAAAG